ACGCAUUGCAGCUUUCUGUUCGCUGUAUUUUCCUGCUUGGGUUGAUCUAAUUUGUCUGCAAAGUGAUUCUGUCGCCGCUGCAUCAGUGUCACUAAAUUCUAAAGAAACAUACUGGAGUUAGGCAAAUGUUAUUUCCUUCGCCCAUCGUUGUGUUUACAAUGAAAAUGCAGCGCCGCCAUGUUGGCCAGUGAAAUGCUCAGUCCGAAUUUGUUUUUUUUCCAGCUUUUCUGACAUCAAGAAAAGACAUGGAGCAGCAUUUGGUGGGUAAAGGCGCUUUUCCUGAGCAGCAGGAGCCGAGUCUACAUUUGGAGCAGGAUGGCCCAACGUCCUCAAAUAUUAAAGAAGAACAGGGGCAACAGCAGCUUCAUUGGUUGGAAGAGGCUGUUGUCACAGAGUUCCCCUUCACUGUUCUCCCCAUGAAGAGUGAAAAUGUUGAAGAAAAUCCACCAUCACCGCUUCAUGAAAGCCAAGCUGAUGAGAACACAGAAGCUGUAGCCAGCAGUUCAUCUGAACACAGCACACUAAAAACACAUGCUAAUGGAUUUACUUGCCCUGACUGUGGAAAAUGCUUUGGACUAAAGUACAAUCUGAACAAACACAGGAUAAUUCAUAUAGUUGAGAAACAGUUUGGUUGUUCUGAGUGUGGCCGCAAAUUUGGACAAAAAGACGGUUUGGACAACCAUAUUAGAAUACAUACAGGUGAAAAGCCAUUUGUCUGUUCUGUGUGCAAUAGAAGAUUUGGGCGUAAGGACACACUGAACAAUCACAUGAGAGUUCAUACGGGGGAGAAACCAUUUAGCUGUUCUGAAUGUGGUGAAAGAUUUGGACGUAAAAUUCAAUUGAAAAAACACACAAGAAUUCAUACAGGGGAGAAACCAUUUGGCUGUUCUGAAUGUGGUAAAAGGUUUAGGUGUAAGCAGACUCUAAACACCCACAUCAGUAUUCAUACAGGACUCAAACCAUUUGGGUGUUCAGAGUGUGAUAAAAGGUUUGGGUGUAGGCAGUCUCUUUACAGUCAUGUGAGAAUGCAUUCAGGAGUUAAACCAUUUAGCUGUUCUGUGUGUGGCAAAAGAUUUGGACGAAAGGAGAAAAUGGACACCCACAUGAGCGUUCAUACAGGACAGAAACCAUUUGCCUGUACACAGUGUAAUAAAACAUUUAGACAAAAAACACAGCUGGACAACCACAUUCGCAUUCAUACAGGUGAGAAACCAUUCACCUGCUUUGAGUGUGGUAGGAGGUUUGGGAUUAAGUCCAAUUUGAAGAGACACAUGACCAUUCAUACAGGAGUGAAACAGUUUGGCUGCUCUGUGUGUGGUAGAUAUUUUAUGUUACAGCGCAGUCUGAAAGUACACAUGAUGAGACUUCAUAGAGAAUAGAAGCCAUUUCACUGCUUUGUUCUGAGUGUCGUGGAAGACAAAAGGUUAAUCUGCAAACAUAGGAGACACGUAAUAGAAAUGACAUCCAAAACUCAAUAGUGCAAACGUUUAGGACAAAGGAACCAGCUGAGUGAGACAUGAGAAUUGAUUGUUAUAACAAUGCAAAGCACAAGUCUCAAUCUGCUACUCUAACAAAGCUCUCACAAAGCGAGAGCUGUGUUCAGGUCCUCUACAGUAAGACAGGCUCGGUUCUGGUGGAGGUUGGCAUCCGCCAUGGCUGUGCCUAGUCACCAGUCCUGUUUGUAAUAUUCAUGGACAAGAUAUCGAGGUGUAGUCAGAGGGGACGAGGGUCUCAUCACUGCUUUUUGACAAUGAUGUGGUCCUGUUAGCAUCAUCGGUCUGUGACCUCCAGCACUCACUGGGUUUGUUCACAACUGAGUGUGAAGCGGCUGGGAUGAGGAUCAGUACCUCUAAAUCUGAAGCCAUGGUUCUUAACAGGAAGCUGAUGGAUUGCCUACUCUGGCUAGGGAAUGAGGUCUUGCCACAAGUGAAAGAGUUCAAGUACCUCUGGGUUGUGUUCACAAGUGAGGGGACAAUGGAGUGUGAGAUUGGCCAGAGAAUCAGCGCAACAGGGACGAUAUUGCAUUCUCUUUACUGUACUGUUGUGAUGAAAAGGGAGUUGAGCUGAAAGGCAGAACAAACAAUUUAGAAUAUCUCAAAUAAGCUAAACAAGUAGACAAAUGAGUGUACAAUUACAAAUAAAACAAAUCAAAUAUUUGCCAAUGGGAGGUAGAUUUAAGGUGUUAACUCUAGUUAAAGGUCAAAGAAAAUGUACUUUUUAAUGUCGCUGAACAGAGCAAAAGAAUGGCUUUUCUGUUGUAAAGCUGAACUGCCAGCAUGACUUUAUCAUCAAACCAGUUGGGAAAAAAUUUUUGUAUUUGUUAGGAGGCAACUGAUCAGAUUUUCUCUGAACGACGACAAACCAUGCAUCGUUACUACUUGUGAGGUUUUAAGGUCAUAUGACAUGGUGACACCAUGUGGUGCUGGAAAGGUUGGGCUGAAAUUCUUAGCAAUAUGCACUGGCCUCAUCCUAAUAUCCGAUUUCACAAAUUCAGAUUUUGAAGUGUAUUCACACUUAAGUGUGUGAGGGUUUGUUGCUGUCCCACUGUGACAUUAACUCCACAAGGGCCCUUAGGCAGACAUGAGCCCUUUUUGCCUGCUUUCUGCAAAUCUGUGACACCAAGCUGGGGGUUACCAGGGGAAACCCGGAGUUUCAGAAAGGUAAACAACCAUUACCCAGCUGCAGCUGUUGACUCGAUACAAACCACACCCCUUCAAAAAAAAUGAACAAAACAUGGCAUAUUGGGUGCACAAUGCCUAAAUUGACACACACACAGCUCUGUGGGACUGGGCCUAACACACAUCAAAUUACAUAAAAAAAUGAAAUUUGCACCAUAUUUAAAUUUUAACUUGAGCGACCACAAUAGAAAUAAGUAUUUGAGACUUGUCAUCCCCCCUUGUGUAGAUUUACUUUCAUACAUGUAUGUUUGCCAACUUAAACUGGCUCAAGAUGUGGCUGUUUAGAGUUCAAAAACAUUAUAAAUCUUGAUUUAUUUAGUCCACUUUGCAGAGGCUCAUUGAUGUCUGAUGUGGUUCCAUCAAGUGGGGAAAUGGCCCAUUACUUAAGGCACUGGGAGGCCGUUAGCCCAUCCCACCCUUUUGAAAUAUGAAUCACUGCUUUCUGGUGUUCACUAAUGUCCCAACCACCCUACCUGAUCAGCGCUGAAGACUACUGUCCUGCAGGCUAGCAUAGAAGAAGGCAGCUGUGUGCAGACUGGAGCUGUCUUGGCUGUAUUCAUUUUGUCUGUUCAUCUGUUCAACCUCAUAAUAAUGUUGCUUAUU